GCUUGUGCCUUGACUCCGAGCGCUGUUGCCAAACCUUCAAGUAGUGAGCUUUGAACCGUGUUUGCGCCCAUCAUUGGGGCGCUUCUUCAAGGUUUGAGGCAGACUAGCUUGCCAGAUCGUCAAAGCGCCUGCCAGUAAAAGAUGGAAAAAAGAAGCGUCCUCCCCGGGGCGAAACGGAGGAAGGGCGCCCGCACGCUGGCGGAGGAGGUUGCUGAGUUUACAAAUCCCCUCCCCGCUUAUCGAGACGAAGACCCUGAACUCAAGGACUUUGGCGCGGAAGCAUUUGGAACAGGAGAUGAAUCAGAAGGGAGCGAAGAUGAUGACUACUUGCGGGGGCCUGACAAGGGGCGGGCGGGAAACCUGCCACUCCGGGCGUCCAUUGCAAUUGAGGACGGGGCAUAUGCUGGCCGGAGAACCAGCCGCGGGCAGGCGCUCGACAGGAGCGACGACGAGGGGGAUGUCUUCGAGCAUUCGGACGAUGACAUCAUUGGAGAAGCUGCCGACGUCCACAAAGAGACUGAGCCGACGAAAAGCGGUCGUGAGGAAGGGUUAGAGAACGGGGGGCCAUUGGAGGGGGCAGAAAGCGAGGGAAGCGAGGAUGAGCUAGUGGGUCGGAUGCAGAACGAGCUGGCGGGGGGGUCCGGACGGCAGGGAAAAGAGGGGGGGGAUGAGGACGAUUUGGAGAGGGAGUACCGGGAGCUCAGAGAGCAGGAAGAGGCCAUGCUCGCAAGCGUCCGCAAGCAGUCGUCCGUCGACCGCAGCAAGGGCGCGGCCGUCGCCAACCAGCGCGCGCUGUGGAACAAGUGGCUCGAACUUCGCAUCUCGUUGCACAAGCUGCUCCAGUCCGGAAACCGCCUCCCGCGGCCCGAGGCGCGAGCCUCGUUCGUCGAAGCGGCGCCGGACGUGCGGGCGGGUCUGGAAAAGCUGAGCGAGGCGGCGGGCGGUUUGUUGGAGAAGCUAUUGGCUGCGCAACAGGGGCUGUUGGAGCAGAACGACUCAAUCGCGGCCGCGAGGGACCAAGCGAUGAACGAGAACGGAAAGCGGGAGCGAACGCAGGACGACGGAGCUAGCACGGUGGACCGGCUUUGGGAGCAAAUGGACGAGCAAUACAACAGCUGGCUCCCGUACCGCAACGCCUCCGUGGACAGGUGGCAGCGCAAGACGCUCCUGGCGACAGGGGCGGCCGCGGGGCGGGGCAAGCUGCGGGCGAUCAACCAGAGCGUGACGUCACAGAUCGCGAGCGCGCUGCGGGACCCGGCGCGGUUGCUCGGACGGACGCGCAUAAAGGCGGACGCCGUGCAUGCUUUCGGACAGCGAGCCUUCCCGUCCGCUUCUCAGACGUCCGGAGAAGCUGCGGCCGCGGCCGAUGCGGACGGUCCGGACGCCGACGAGCCAAUCACAGCGAGCCACGUGGCAGCGGAAGAGGAGGUCGACUCGGAGACGUUCGACGACACCGACUUCUAUCAACAGCUGCUCAAGGAGUUCCUCGACUCCUCAGGGACUUCGAGCGGCAUGAGCCUAUACGCGAUGCAGAAGCUGCGCAACAACAAGAAGAAGGUGGUGGACCGACGAGCCUCAAAGGGCCGCAAAAUCAGGUACACGGUGCAGCAGCCGCUCCUCAACUUCAUGGCUCCCGAGCCGAUGACGAUGCCCCCGAUGGCAGAGAAGAUGUUCGCGAAUCUGUUCGGUCAGAAAAACGAUACUAGGUGACUGUCAAUCCCCGCAAGGCCUUCUGCGGUUUGAUGAUUGUCGCCCGUGAGCAACCAGGUCCGAAGUUUGCUAUGUUUUUGGCGCGAAGUAUGUGAAGUCAAUUCACACAUUUGGAUGUCCCUCCAUAGUCCUGUUUACAACUCUAUGCUUACCCGGUCCUGUUUGACGAGUGUUUCCGACCUGACUGACUUCACGCGGC